AUGUGCACUAUCUUAUCAGUUAAGAGGCGAGCGGAGGUCCUCAGCAUAGCGGCGGACAAGCUCGAGGAGAUUAUAAAGCCGUUGAACGAGACUGACUACGAGGACGCGAUCAAACACAAGUACACGGAGAUCGGCUCGCCCGACUCCACGGAGGAGAUGAAGAACCUGGAGAGCCGGCAGGCGGCGGUGACGCUGCUGCAGAUAAAGAACUACGACCCGUCGAAGUACGUCGUGAAGAGUGAGGACGGCCCGCACAUAAUGUUCAACAGCGCGCCCGGUCUGCCCUCGGACAGGGCGAGGGAGGUGAUGCACUGCAACGCGGUGAUAGACAUUAUAAGCAAGGCGGUGGCGGUGGCGCAGCGUGACAACGAAGAGGCGCAGAGCUUCCCGCCGAACUACGCGAGCGUGAUAGACAGGACGCGCCCCGCCACCGCCACAGAGGGCGGCUACUCGCUCGAGUACGCGGAUGAGCAGUACGCGUACGGCGCCGCCCAGCCGGCGGCGAGCCCCGGCAGCGACGGCCACGACCACGACCACAAGGAGAUGGACCUCUCGCUGUACGGCACGCUCAAGACCGAACCCGUCGACCAAAGCGAGCAGCGGGACGCGAGCACCUUGAAGGUGUUCUCGCAUCGGACAGUCGCGAACAACAAGCCCGAGAUGAGCGAGGAGCAGAAACAGCCGUUCGGCAGGGCCGGCGGCAAAGCGAGGCCGUUGAGGGACAGCGUCAUGUACGACGAGUGCAGCCAGAGCAGCAGCGGCUCCGACCCCGACCGGCUGCAGAUGGACAUAUCUGAGAUGUCGCAGGACGAUCCGGAGGAGACUCAAUCGGUGCCCUCCGCCCAGUCGUCGCCGAAACCGCCGCACGAAGGUGAAAACGACAAAGAAUCCUUGUGGCAGGCGCUUCAUAGACAAAACGGGCGCGGCGGCGAAGCGACGCAGCUCCUUCGCAGGUUGAUCAACAGCAAACACCUCGGCAUGACCGUGUCGCCACUCAGGGCGGCCACCUCACCACUGCCGACCAGUCUACUGCAGCCGCCCAACGGCGCCGUCUCCCCGAAUGGUGAAUGGGCAAAUUCCGGGCGCACGGGGGGCAAUACGGGCGUGGCGGGUGGCACCGCGCGCAGGAAGCAGAGCUUCCCCGCUCGAGCGCAACCCGCUUGUGACCCUCCGCCCGCUGCAUGGCCACACCCGGCUUCAGAGAACCAGGAGCCGGCGGAGGCGUGCGCGGGGAACACGGCGGGCGGUGGGGCGGGCGCGCGGGGCGUGGCGCGCGUCGAGCUCUCGUGCAGCAACUGCGGCACGCACACCACCACGAUAUGGCGUCGCGACGCGCGCGGCGAGAUGGUGUGCAACGCGUGCGGCCUCUACUACAAGCUGCACGGUGUUCCGCGGCCGACGGCGAUGCGCCGCGACACGAUACACACGCGCCGCCGCCGGCCCCGCCACGAGGGGAAACACGCGCGCAACAAGUCGCGACGGGGUGGCGCUGCGUGCGCAGAGGUGACGGAGGGCGUCGCGGGGGGAGGGGGCGGCGCGGGGGGCGCGGCGGCGGCGAGCGACGCCGGCGAGGAGGCGGUGCUCGCCGCGCUGCGCAGGCAGCUGCAGCCGCACCUGCUCGCCGCUCUACACGCGCACAAUCCGCAGCCGCACCGCACCGCGCAGGUGGGCCCCAGCAUGGCCGAGUACGACGAGGCGCCGCUGAACCUCGCGAGCCACGUGGCCGAGGAGACGCAC